AUGAUGGAGGGAAACAGAUCAGACCCAGCAGAACCCAGCUGUGUGUCCAUGAAGAGUGACGCGUCAAUGGACCGUCCAAUAGCCUUCAGAGACAGAGACAGUUCUACAGAUAUAAGAAUGAUGGAGGGAAAGAGAUCAGACUCAGCAGAACCCAGCUGUGUGUCCAUGAAGAGUGACAGGUCAAUGGACCGUCCAAUAUACUUCAGAGACAGAGACAGUUCUCCUAAUGUGAGACCACAAAAGAAGAAACCAAACAACGGAAAGGAGCUGGACUCCAUAUUCAAGGAGCUGAAACGCAAAGUCAUCACCCUGAUAAAGAACGAGCUGAAGAGGUUUAGGAAGAUCCUGAGUCCAGAUUACCCAGCAUGCACUAAGAGGGAGGUGGAGGAUGAGGAGGAUCUGCACAGUGUCAGAGAGGGAGCGCUGAAGAUCACACUGCAUGUCCUGAAGAACAUGAACCUCUCAGAUCUCGCUAACACACUGCUGAACCAGUGUAUAGUCUCUGUGUAUCAACCAAAACUCAAAUCCAGUCUGAGAGAGAAGUUUAUCAGAAUUAAUGAAGGAAUCUCACAGCAUGGAAGCUCAGCUCUUCUGAAUGAGAUCUACACAGAGCUCUACAUCACAGAGGGUUGGAGUGGAGACGUCAAUAAUGAACAUGAGGUGAGACAGAUUGAGACAGCAUCCAGGACACCAGUAACACAAGAGAAACCCAUCAAAUGUAAUGAUCUCUUUAAAGACAAUUCCAUCAGAAGUGUGCUGACUAAAGGAGUUGCUGGAAUUGGAAAAACUGUCUCUGUGCAGAAGUUCAUUUUGGACUGGGCUGAAGGAAAAGCAAAUCAGGACCUCACCUUCAUGUUUACACUUCCCUUUAGAGAGCUGAAUCUGAUGAGGGAGAAACAUCUCAGUCUGAUGGACCUUCUUCAUCACUUUUUCCCAGAAAUUAGAGAAUUAAAAUUAAUAAACUGUGAUGUCUACAAAGUCCUGUUCAUCUUUGAUGGUCUGGAUGAGUGUCGACUUCCUCUAAAUUUUCAGAAGAAUGAGGGAGUGUGUGAUGUGACAGAGUCAGCCUCAGUGGAUGUGCUGCUGACAAACCUCAUCAAGGGGAACCUGCUUCCCUCUGCUCUCCUCUGGAUCACCUCUCGACCAGGAGCAGCCCAUCAGAUCCCUCCUGAGUGUGUAGACCAGGUAACAGAGGUACGAGGGUUCAGUGAUUCUCAGAAAGACGAGUACUUCAGGAAGAGGAUCAGUGAUCAGAGCCUGGCCAUUAAAAUUAUUUCACACAUGAAGUCUUCAAGAAGCCUCUACAUCAUGUGUCACAUCCCAGUCUUCUGCUGGAUCUCAGCCACUGUUCUAGAGAGAAUGUUGGGUGAAGCAGAGAAUGGAGAGAUCCCCAAGACUCUGAUUCAAAUGUUUACACACUUCCUGAUCUUUCAGAUCAAACACAAGGACCAAAAGUACCAUCAGAAAUGUGACCCUGAUCCUCAGCAGACCAGAGAGAGCAUCCUGGCUCUGGGAAAACUGGCUUUCAAACAGCUGGAGAAAGGAAACCUGAUCUUCUAUGAGGAAGACCUGAGAGAGUGUGGCAUUGAUGUCAGAGAAGUGUCAGUGUACUCAGGAGUGUGUACUCAGAUCUUCAGAGAGGAGUUUGGGCUUCACCUGAGGAAGGUCUUCAGCUUUGUACAUCUGAGCGUUCAGGAGUUUCUGGCUGCUUUAUAUGCAUUUCUCUCCUUCAUCAACAAAAAGAUAGCAAGACAACAAACCUCUGAUCUGUCUAAUCUUUUCUACAAUUCAGACAUGUCUGAUUUCCUCAGGUGUGCAGUGGACAAGGCUGUACAGAGUGAGAAUGGACACCUGGACCUGUUCCUCCGCUUCCUCCUGGGUCUCUCACUAGAGUCCAAUCAGACUCUCUUAAGAGGUUUAAUGCCACAGACAGGAAGCAGCUCUCACAGCAAACAGGAAACAGUCGAGUACAUCAAGGAGAAGAUCAGGGAGAAUCCAUCUCCAGAGAAAUCCAUCAAUUUGUUCCACUGUCUGAAUGAACUGAAUGACCAGACUUUAGUGCAGGAAGUACAGAGUUACCUAAAGGAUGAAGAUUACUGGUGUCUCAGUGGAGUCAGACUCUCUCCUGCUCAGUGGUCAGCUCUGGUGUUUAUGUUACUGACCUCAGAUCAGGAGCUGGAUGUGUUUCAUUUGGGUAAAUAUGACCCAUCAGAUGAAUGUCUUCUGAAUCUGCUGCCGGUGGUCAAAGCCUCCAGAAAAGCUGAUCUGUGGAGGUGUAACCUGACAGAUGAAAGCUGUAGAGUUCUGUCCUCAGUUCUCAGCUCAAACUCCUCCAGACUGAGAGAACUGAACCUGGGUUUCAAUAACCUGCAGAAUUCAGGAGUGAAGCUGCUCUCUGCUGGACUGGAGAAUCCACACUGUACACUGGAGAUACUGAGUCUGUGGAACUGUAACCUGACAGAUGAAAGCUGUAGAGUUCUGUCCUCAGUUCUCAGCUCAAACUCCUCCAGACUGAGAGAACUGGACCUGAGUUACAAUAACCUGCAGGAUUCAGGAGUGAAGCUGCUCUCUGCUGGACUGAAGAAUCCACACUGUACACUGGAGAUACUGAGGUUGUGUAGGUGUAUUAUUACAGAUGAAGGUUGUGCUGCUUUGGCUUCAGCUCUGAGGUCGAACUCCUCAUCACACCUGAGAGAACUGAAUCUAAUGGACAAUAAAAUAGGAGACUCAAGAGUGAAGCUGCUCUCUGAUCUACAGGAGGAUCCAGACUGUAAACUGGAGACACUACAGUAAGUUACAUGUGUCUGUGUUAAUGAAGUUGAAUUUCCAGGUCAUGUGAUUUAUUCCCAUGUGAUAUUGGAUACA